AUGGCCACCGCGCUUGCACAGCUCUCUGCGUCCGUGACGAGGAUCCUGUCCCUCACCGGCUUCCCCAAGGAGCUCAAGACGCGCGACAUUCAGGCCGCCUUCGCCGACUUUGACUCCCAACCCGGAGGAUUCAAGAUAAAGUGGAUUGACGACACUUCUCUCCUCAUCGUCUUUAACGACCCCACAGUCGCCAAGCGCGCCUACCUCUCUACCCUCGCCAAUCCGCCUGCUAACUCGAUCGCCAUCCCCAAUAACAAGCCUCGUGGGCCCGCCUCUGCUCUGUCCGUCGACACACCGGCAGCCGCCGCCGGUGCGAGCGCCGCCGGCAAUGGCCGUGAGGGCAGCCCGACGCUGCCGAGCCUGCCGAGCCAUCCGACGCUGGACAGCCUGAUCAGCUCGACCCUCGAGGGUGCGGCUGACCCCGCUAUCGUUGCCGCCCAGCCCGCCUCGAAUGGUGCGCGUAUCGGCGACCCUGGCAAGCGCAUGAUUGCCGCCGGUCUCGGUGUUCGCCACCCCAGCCUCGGCGCUCGCCCCGUGGGCACCGUCGCCGAGUGA